AUGAGCUUUAUUGACAAUAUUAGCAUUCAUAAUAAGCCCGACCAUGAGCUUGAAGCGCUGAUUAGAGCUAUGCUAUCAAAAAAUCCGAAAUAUUAUACUGAUGCCACAGCAUUCUUCGAGUGGCACAAAGACUGCUUCUGCGCCAGACCGCGGGAUGCUUUCGAAGAGAAGUUUCGACAUCCUGCAAUGUUGUGUGAGGUUUCUCUCGUAAGAGAACAUGUGGAAACGCUCUCUGCCGACCAGUGGGAUGUUCCGAGUUUGAAGAAUUUGACUUUGAAUGCUUCAUCAAUCUUUCCUGACACAAAUUUGGAUGACCAAUCUUCAUCAAAGGGAUUCAACCAGUGUCUUCUCUAUUAUCUCCGAUGGGCACUACUCGGGGGUCGCUCUGGACCAGGCUUACCGGAUACUAUGAUGUAUCUAGGACGUGAAGAAACACUGCGGAGGCUAGCAUCAGCAGAGAGUGCUUUCAGCUUAGAGAAUACCGAGCAGCAUCCAUCGCACUGA